UUUUUAAUGCCCCCAAAUAGGAACCAUGGGAGUCCGUUAAAUGCUGUGGCCAUUUCCAGCAUACAAAUCAAUUUUCCUUGUGGUGGUGAAGUGGUGAAUAAUGCCUGGUUUGUUUAAAGGAGCAUGACUGAUUUUGGAUGAAGUAUCCUGUCACUUUGGCAUUUUCAGUUUUAUUUAUUGCGCACAACAGUAUAAAACCUGGUACUGGUCUCAGUGCCAGGCUUACGAGUCGGAUAGCUGAAAGGACUACAUAACUGCUGGUGCAGCAAAGAGGCUCUCCUUCUGCAAGACUUUUGCUGGACUCCUGAGAAAUUAUUUUGAAUAACAUGGCAGAGAAGGAUUUCAUCAGUUGGCAUCUGCUGGCUUUAUUUUUUCUUCCAUUUUGCCUGUGUCAAGAUGAAUACAUGGAGGUGAGCAGAAGAUCUUAUAAACCAGUGGCCAAAGUCUUGCAAAGUCACCACCAGACUGGCCACAAAGGUUCCAGAAGCAGGGAAAUUUUGAAGCAGCGGAGUCAACUUAUAGAGUGGACUGUUGCUAAUAGCUCUUCUACAGACCAAAAUGUUCUGAGACCAGAGGUAGAUGAUGUAGAACUGACUACCUCAGAUAGAGUCCAGCCCCCACAGACUGGACCGCAGAAUCCAGACUGUAGCUCCUGCUGCCGUGGUGACUUUGGAGUUCGACUCUACCAAGGGCCCCCAGGACCUCCUGGACCCCCUGGGAUGCCAGGAAAUCAUGGAAACAAUGGCAAUAAUGGAGCAACUGGCCAGGAAGGAGCCAAAGGUGAGAAAGGAGACAAAGGAGAUAUGGGACCAAGGGGAGAGCGCGGCCAUCAUGGACCCAAAGGCGAAAAGGGUUACCCUGGGAUUCCUCCAGAGCUACAGGUUGCAUUCAUGGCUUCCAUGGCUACUCACUUCAGCAACCAGAACAGUGGGAUCAUCUUCAGUAGCGUUGAAACUAACGUUGGGAAUUUCUUUGAUGUAAUGACCGGGAGAUUUGGUGCUCCAGUGAAUGGUGUGUAUUUCUUCACCUUCAAUAUGAUGAAACAUGAAGAUGUGGAGGAAGUGUACGUGUACCUGAUGCAUAAUGGUAACACAGUAUUCAGCUUAUAUAGCUAUGAAUCAAAAGGGAAGGCGGACACCUCGGGUAACAGCGCGGUGCUGAAACUUGCCAAGGGAGAUGAAGUUUGGCUGCGAAUGGGAAACGGAGCCCUCCAUGGGGACCACCAGCGCUUCUCCACCUUUGCAGGGUUUCUUCUUUUUGAAACCAAGUAGAGAGGAAAACAGCCAAAUAGCUGUUUAUGUGAAGAAGCUUCUUUUUGGAACUGCAUUUUUUUUCAGGACUGUGGAAUUGUAAAGGUCAGGAAGGCUUGUUUUGAUGCAGUGCAUUGCUAUUUUGGAGAUGAGCUGAACACAUUGGGUAGUUGACACAAUUUUUAUUGCUCUCUUCUUCAAAGAGAAAAACAAAGGGAAAGUAGUUUCAGUAAUUUAGAGAGCAGUUUGCACAAUAAGGACAAUUUUGUCUGUAAGAAUACUAUAGUUAAGUGUGUACCAGGAACUCAGCAAUUGAUUUUUUUAAAUUUUAAAUUUUUAUUUUUAUUUUUUUUCUUUUCCUUUCUGGUGUGUUCAUUUAAAUUUGCAUGGAACCAGGACGGAACGAGUUAUAAGAAGGCUCAGCUGAGACCAGUUUUAAAGGAAGAUAUUUUUACUGGACUAGAGUGAACUUUACACAUAGAAGAAAAAAAAUGUGAAAACAAAGAUGUCCAGAAUUUGGGUUUAUUGUGUCCCCAUCUCAAACCUCCAAAGAUGCAUUUUAUGUCAAUUUUCACAUAUUUUUAGUGUGUAUUUAUGCUUGCUUGCUCCCUUCAAAAAAACAAAACAAAACAAAAUAAGAGCAGCAGUAAUUUCUGCCUUAGUAGCAACUUGUGCUAAGCUAGUUCAGUCUGCAGACUGCAGGGAACUGGGCAGGGGACCUGUCGUGUUUCUUCCCAGCCUUUAAAUUGACAAAAUGCAAGCUGUCAAAACAGAGAAAAGUUGAGAUAUGUCAACAGCACAGAGAAACAUAUGAACUAUGGAGUUUGGGGAUCUUUCAGAAGGAUGUAUAUUUUAAUAUAGCAUAUUUACUUAAAAGUGAAGAUGUUGAUACAGUUGUCGUACCAGCCUUCCUAGAGCCAGUAUUUCAGGAAAAGACAUUGCAGCCUGGCAAAGCUGUAGCAACCUAGUUCAAUAUUUAGCUGGUGAAAGCAAACACUGUCUGGGUCAGCAGUUCUGACCACAGUAAAUCAGGCCUUUCUUCAGCAAUAACAUUUACCAUCAGUUUUUCAAAAUCUGUGUACCUGAAAUCCUGUCUUACUAUUUUCUUUUUGUCAGAAUCAACAACGAAUAUACUAAAGAAGUACAGAAGUUUGAAUGUAUCUUCUGCACUUUCUGGCUCUCCACCAUGAACUAACGAAAUACAGAUUACAUUUCAACAGGCUUAUGACAGACACUACCUGUCAUUAAUAUGUAACAAGCAGGCAGGGUUAGGACAACAUUUGUUUGAAACUCUCUAAUACUGAAUUUCUAGAAUAUGGAAAUCACACUUUAUGAUGAAUUAUGCAUGUUGAUACUUGACUGUGAUUUGAGAUUUUUUAGUUUUUGCAACAACCACUGAAAAGAUUCAUCUUAAAGAACUCUCCUCUAGUGACUUUUAUUCUUUCAUGAAUUUGGGGUGGGUUUCUACCACGUACAUUUUAAAGCCUGAGACCAUGUUAUUAUGAUAAGUGUUUUAGUAUGAUUCUGGCAUGCCUUCAAUUUAAAACCUACCAAUCAAGUAUUCAGAUAAUGCUGUUCUAUGGAAAUAAAUACACAAGGUAUGAUAUGUCAUCACAAGCUAAUGUUCAAGUCAGAAAAAAACCUGGAAAAAAAAGUAUUCUGUGUACAUGUUAGCAAUGUUUGCUUACUUUGUAAAACAUACAUUUACCCAAUAAAGAUUAAUAGUCAUAAAACUACAA